GAAACCGACAUGUCGUUUACCAUCUAGAAAUUUACCAAAUUUGGAAAAUCUUUUUCCGCCAUUAAAACGACAUACCAUUUCUCACACGAACUCAACAAAAACGGGUCGUUUGUCUUCAUCCUGUCCGUUUCGUUUCCCAUGGCAGUUCACAUGGCCUGCAACAAUCUUCAUCUCCUUCACCAAAUCCGCCACUCAACCGCCGUCUCCACAGCUUCUCACGCCUUCCCCAGCACUUUCACGACGUCGUUUUCUCUCCGCUCUGCUCAAAUUCUUGCAACGACAUCCCAUUCUCGCCCGAUAUCAGUAUCAACCAGCGGUGGAACCAUCACUUGGGAUGACGUCGUUCGAAUCUCCGAACCGGAAAGCGUUUUGGACGACCCUUCCGACCUCAAAGGAUACUUCGACAAGAUCAAAAUCUGCAAUCGCGGAUCAGAAAAGAAACACGAGUUCAUUCCGUUUGUAAUUCAGGACCAAAUCGUCGGAUAUAUUCACAAUCGUUUUGCUGAGAAUUUGAGGGAGUUCCGGAAUGUGUUCACUUUCUUGCCGGAUAAUUCUAAUGGCGGCUUCCGAAGCGGCGCUGUGACGUUGCACUCGUCGCUAGGGACACCAGAAGAUAGGACCAGAGCAGUGGGAGAAGUAGUUAAAAGUUUAGGGGAAGAAUUGAUUCCAGGUAUUCGGAAUGAGCUUUACCCUGUGACUUCGUCAUUUGGCUCGCCAACAUUUUUCUCGUUGGAACGUGCAGCUGCUCCUUAUUUUGGAAUAAAGGCUUAUGGAGUUCACAUGAAUGGUUAUGUUGAGAAAGGAGGCGAGAAGUUUCUAUGGAUAGCGAAGAGAAGUCAAACAAAAUCCACUUACCCGGGGAUGCUCGAUCAUCUAGUUGCUGGAGGAUUGCCUCAUGGGAUUGAAUGUGGGGAGAACAUAAUGAAGGAGUGCGAAGAGGAAGCUGGAAUACCCAGAUCCAUUUCGAGUAGUACCAUACCAGUUGGCGCUAUUUCAUACAUGGACAUUGACGGAUAUAGAUACAAAAGAGAUGUUUUAUUUUGUUAUGACCUAAAACUCCCUGUGAGUUUCAUACCUAAGAAUGAAGAUGGCGAGGUGGAAAGUUUUAAGUUGAUCCCCGUGGCUCAUGUUUCAAAUGUUAUACGGAGGACAUACUUGUUCAAGCCAAAUUGCUGUCUCGUAAUCAUCGAUUUUCUGUUUCGGCACGGGUAUAUUCGUCCAGAAUGCUUUGGCUACUUGGAUUUACUACAAAGUUUGAGGAGUGGAGACUGCUCCUAGUAAAUCUUUUAUCCUUUGUACUCCCGGACUCCGAAAUCUCUGUUGCUCCAACCAUACUUUGUGAUUUACACGUAUGCCUGCACAGCUUAAAGCAUAAAACUAUUUCCCUGGAUUGCCCAGACAUUUCAAGUUAUUAGCAAAAUUCUAUUGCUGAAAGCAUCGAGAGGACUUAGGAGGGUUGGAAAAAUUAUUGGAAAAAGGGAACAUGCAUGUAGAGCAGUCAAAUGAAUGCGCACAAUCGUUCUACUUUGUUCGGUACAAAUCAGUUAAUUUGACUAUAUAUCAUUUCUGAGAGGUGGUUGUUGGUUUUUACCAUCUUAUUUUAUUUCUUUUGAUUCAUACCA